ACGACUGAUAUUUUUGGCGGCAUUUAAUACCUAACCUAACAAAGUGUUACAUGUAAAAUCGUCCAACAUAAAUUCAGACUCCAAAAAAUAAAGAAUCUAAAAAAAUGAUUGUACCGAUUAAAAGAGAUGGAGUUAUAGAAGAUUGGGCUAUCAUAGAUUUACAAGGCGAUUUAAAAUUCGAAAGAAUCGAAAAUUCAGAUAACCAACUAAUUGGCGAUCUUCACUUUACAAAAACUGGAGUACCCAUUUUAAUAAUUGGAAUUCAUGUAUUACAUGGAAAAGAAAUGACACUUGAAAAACCUUUGGUGGUAUUAGAGAGACAUCGUAAAAAUAUAAGGGAUGAAACAAUUGAAAAAGAAGAGCAAAGCGUAAUGACAGAAUACAUUGUAAAGGCUAUUGUGAAAAAGAAGCUUCUGUUUAAAUCAAGACCAAAAUCUAUAGUAACUAAUGUUCCAAAACCAUGUUAAUCUAAAUUUGCAUCAAUCAUUUGUUGCAAUUUUAUCUGUAGAAGAAACAUUGUCUUUAUUUAUUAAUUUAGUAAAAGUAAUUUUAUUAAUCGAAAAUUAUAAUACUUAAUAAUAUCAGAUUAAAGUCUUAUAUACGUUAAAUUUAUAA